UAGAUGAUGUGUCAGCAACAUGGAAACAGGAAAUCAAACAAGACUGUCAUAUUUUAUACUUCUGGGAUUUUCCCAAGACUCAGAAAAUCAACCCAUCCUAUUCUGUCUGUUCCUGUCCAUGUACCUGAUCACUGUGUUGGGAAACCUGCUCAUCAUCCUGGCCAUCACCUGUGACUCCCACCUCCACACACCCAUGUACUUCUUCCUCUACAACCUGUCCUUGGCUGACAUCUGUUUCACAUCCACCACCAUUCCAAAGAUGCUGGUGAACAUCCAGACACAGAGCAAAGCCAUCACCUAUGCAGGCUGCAUCACUCAGAUGUGGAUUUUUAUGGUGUUUGGAGGUAUGGACACUCUUCUCCUAACGGUGAUGGCUUAUGACCGGUUUGUGGCCAUUUGUCACCCCUUACAGUACACACUAAUCAUGAACCGCUGCCUCUGUGGCCUGCUGGUUCUCAUGUCCUGGUUCAUCAGCAUAACAUACUCCCUGACCCAGAGUCUGUUGACAUUGCGGCUGUCUUUCUGUACCAACUGGGAGAUUUCACACUUUUACUGUGAGCUUGCUCAGGUCCUCACCAUAGCCUGCUCAGACACACUCAUCAAUCACAUAGUGUUCUAUAUGGUAACUGGUUUUCUUGGCAUUGUUCCCUUCUCAGGGAUUCUUUGCUCCUAUAUUCAAAUCGUUUCCUCAAUCCUGAGAAUCCCAUCAGGACAUGGGAAAUAUAAAGCCUUUUCUACCUGUGGGUCUCACCUGUCCACAGUUUCUUUAUUCUAUGGGACAGGCCUUGGUGUGUAUCUCAGAUCUGAUGCACCCUCCUGGAGGGGCAUGAUUGCCUCAGUGAUGUACACUGUGGUCACCCCAAUGCUGAACCCCUUCAUCUACAGCCUGCGGAACAGGGACAUCAAGAGGGCUCUACAGAAAGUUCUUGGUAGAAAGCUCUAUGUUCCAUAAGGUGAACACUCAUCCUGGGAUUCUAAGCUGACAGGGGUAGGAGCAGUUGGCUAAAGAAAUCCCACCUCUUCAUCACAUUGAAUUUUGCUUGUCAUCCAUUCUCUGUAAGUGAUUUUGGUUAUGAUGGCUUUUUAAGGACUUUGUCUUAACCUCUUAUGGUGACACCUCUUUUAUUCUCAUUUCUACUCUCCUCGUACCCUCUUUUUAUUAUGUAUUACUGCACCUCAUCUUUCAUUUCUACUUGUGAAGUUGGAAAACAGCCACUUCAGGAGCCAAUGGGAAGACUUGAAUAAGAAUUAGGACAUAGUGAAAUUUAUUGAGAAUCAUUGCUAAUUCUUACCAAAGUCACUCAUUCAAUAGUAUUAAUUGAGACUUUCUGAUGUUCCAUGCUGUUCUUGGUGUCUGGAAUACAGCUGUGAAGAACAGAACAAACAAACAAAAACAUUGUACUUAUAGAGUUUAUUAGGCAAUCUCAGAUUUUAUCAUAUCUCAUUAUAUGUCCAACA